CGUCAAACAGCAAACAUCUGUAUUCAAUAAUUCCCACUUCACAAUUUAAUUUUAAAAUAAAUUGUUGUAUUUGAUUUGGUUUUUUUUCUCCUGAAAUGAAAACAUGAAGUCUUUCUAUUUUACCAAAAAUUACAGGAAACUAUUAAAAGGAUUUUCUAUUCGAAAAUAUUGUUCGAAAAAUGAAGACAAACGUAAAACUAACGUCGAAACAAUACGUAACAUCGGUAUAUUGGCUCAUAUCGAUGCAGGAAAGACAACAACUACAGAAAGGAUGCUGUUUUACUCGGGUACAAUCAGAUCAAUGGGUGAAGUGCAUCACGGGAAUACAGUAACGGACUACAUGGAGCAGGAAAGACAAAGGGGGAUCACAAUUACAUCUGCGGCUGUGUCAUUUCCCUGGCGGGGCAGUCAGAUCAACCUCAUUGACACUCCGGGUCACAUUGACUUCACCAUGGAAGUUGAACAGAGUCUUGCUGUGCUCGACGGAGCUGUGGUGGUCUUGGAUGCUUCUGCUGGUGUAGAAGCCCAAACACUAACCGUGUGGCGGCAAGCGGCCGGCUACCGAGUCCCGCGGAUGCUCUACUUGAACAAGAUGGACCGCUCUGACGCCAGUGUGAAUGUCUGCUUGCGCUCCAUACGAGACAAACUGCAAGCGACGCCGCUUCAGUUACACGCGCCGUUGCAACACGAACAUAGGCUUAUAGGGCUCAUCGACUUGGUGACCCUAGAAGAAGUAGUGUGGACGCAAGGUCGAGGUCAGAACUUCACCCGUCGAAAACUGUCCGAGGAAAAUGAUGGCAAGAAAUGGGAAGACAGCGUGGCGAGUCACAGGGAGCUGGUGGACUGUCUCUCGUCUAUGGACGAUCGUUUAGCAGAGACAAUAAUACAGCAGGAGUCAUUGGAUAACUUGAGUAGUAAGGAAAUAGAAGCAGCCAUUCGAAGAUGCACGACCGCCAUGAAAGGCUUCCCUGUCCUCUGCGGCAGUUCCUACAAGAACAUCGGUGUUCAGACACUCAUGGACGCCAUAGUGUCAUACCUGCCAACACCGCUGCAAUGCAAUGAGCUGUACAGCUGCUUCGGUGAAGAAUUGGCUGCAAGGGCUUUCAAAGUGCAGCACGAUGACCAGAGAGGAGUGUUGACCUUCCUGAGGCUGUACAGCGGUGAGAUCAGCAGGAAUCAGAAGAUUUACAAUUUGGCCAGGGAUAAGACCGAGCAGACAGGAUCGCUGUAUGUGGCACUAGCGGACGAAUACAAGCCGGUGGAGACUGUGACCGCUGGGAACAUAGCUGUGGUCAGCUCGCUCAAGGCAGCCAUGACAGGUGAUCUAAUAACAUCCACUCAGGCGGCGGCGAACCGCGCCAAAAGCAAACUGUCCUCAAUGCUGAACGACAGCAGCAAAGUGGGGGAGCUGAUGCUGCCCAGCGCCCGGCAGAGACUGCAGGCCAUGGAGGCUGAAACCAGCCGGGAGGAGCUGGCUGAAGUGCUGCUAGGAAUAGGCACAACAGUACCAGAGCCAGUGUUCGUCUGUUCCAUCGAGCCUCCCAGCGCUGCAUUUCAGUCAGCGUUGGAGACAGCAUUGGCUGAACUGCAGAGAGAAGAUCCUAGUUUGAGGGUGUCAGUAGACGGCGAUAGUGGCCAGAUGGUGCUGGCAGGUAUGGGCGAACUCCACCUAGAAAUAAUUAAGGAACGCAUUAUCCGCGAGUAUAAAAUCGAAGUGGAACUGGGCGCUCUGCAGAUCGCGUACCGUGAGACGUUGGUAGGCAGCGCCAGGCAAACAGUAUCUGUCGAUAGGAAAAUGGCCGGCGCCAGGCAAUUCGUCAAAGUGGAAAUGUCCGCCAAGAACGUGAAGGGAGUUAGUCAGGAUAAGGUUCUCAGGUUGGCAAAAUCCCAAGACAGUGCGGCCAACCUGGCUCACGUGCGCCCGCGCAGCCUGGCCGCCGUAGAGCGCGGCGUACAGUCCGCGUUGCAGCACGGGCCCAAGCUGGGCUGCCCGAUGGUGGACACACAAGUGACGUUGCACUGGCUGGAAGUUGGCAGGGGAACGUCGGAAUCGAUAAUUUCGUCCACCGUAGUUCAGUGUUUGAGAAAGGUGUUCGAGGAGGCUGAAUCGAUGCUCCUAGAGCCGGUGAUGUCGCUAGAGAUCGUCUGCCCCGAGAGUCACAGCGCGCGAGUCCUGGCCGACUUGGCGCGGAGGCGGGCUGACUUGCAUCACGUUCAGUUGAGGAACCAGCACAAGGUAAUAGAAUGUCUGGCCCCGCUAUCAGAGCUCCUGGGGUACUCCUCAACCCUCCGCUCGCUGAGCUCAGGACUUGCCACCUUCAGCAUGGAGUUCCACUCCAACAGGCAGAUGGCGCCACACGACGAGGAGAAAGCGAUACGCAACGUCACAGGAUUCUAAUUGCUGGUCGCGGGUUCAAGUCCUGAUACGUACUUAUGGUACAGUUACACAUGCUAGUUAGUAGCACGAAAGCAUGAUACUUUUGAGCAAUUGCUACUUAGUGGCACGUGUGUUGAAACAUUGCUAAUAAUAAUAAUUAAUUUUAAUAAUUUAAUUUAUUUAUUCAGUAAUCAUGAUCCACUUUGUUAGUAAUACAGAAAACUUAGAGAUAGUGUUAGUAAAUACAUAUGGCAUAAUAAUGAACAUGCUUGUUUCGAGUUUGCUCGAAAAUCGACGGUCGUGCGAUUAUUGGGCAUGCUACCCGCAGCGCGGGUGGAAGAGGGCGUGCUUAUAGCGUGUGUGAACAGGUUUGCUUAUUAUGUAUUACUAAGUAUUGUAUGUAUUACUAGCAUGCUUAUAUCUAGCAAAUGUAGACAAGUGCAGAGCCUGCUCGAAACAAGUAUGCUAAUGAGCAUACUAAAGAGCAUGCUACUAACUAGCAUGUGUAACUGUACCUUUAUAUUUGCAACUGGACCAAAUGUGUCGUCAAAAGUCAUUGGAUAGUUUAUGACAUUUGAACAUGGCAAACGACCGACUAAAGUUAUAUAUAUAGGUAUAUUAAGGGCUUAUGUUGAUCGUUAAUUCGUUUUAUGAAUAAAAAAAAUAUAUUAAUUUACAUAGGCAAUUAUUUAUUUAACACGUAACGUAAUUUAUAAAUAUAUAAUAAAUACAA